AUGCCCAGUAAGGUGUGCUUUUUUUCUGUUUUGCUCUCCCCCCUUUCCUCCCAUUUUAGCACCUCAGUAACCUCUGCCAAAGUGGCUGUGAAUGGUGUUCACCUGCAUUAUCAGCAGACUGGAGAGGGAGAGCAUGCAGUCCUACUGCUUCCUGGGAUGUUGGGAAGUGGAGAGACUGAUUUUGGACCCCAACUCAAGAACCUAAGUAAGAAGCUCUUCACGGUGGUUGCCUGGGAUCCUCGAGGGUAUGGACAUUCCAGGCCCCCAGACCGAGAUUUUCCAGUGGAUUUUUUUGAAAGGGAUGCAAAAGAUGCCGUUGACUUGAUGAAGACACUGAAGUUUAAGAAGAUCUCUCUGCUGGGAUGGAGUGAUGGUGGCAUAACUGCACUCAUUGCUGCUGCAAAAUAUCCAUCUUACAUCCACAAGAUGGUGAUCUGGGGGGCCAAUGCCUAUGUCACUGAGGAAGAUCUCAAAAUUUGGGAGGGCAUCCGAGAUGUUUCCAAAUGGAGUGAGAAAACGAAAAAGCCUCUAGAAGCCCUAUAUGGGUAUGACUACUUUGCCAGAACCUGUGAAAAGUGGGUGGAUGGCAUAACACAGUUUAAACGUCUACCAGAUGGUAACAUCUGCCGGCACUUGCUGCCCCUGGUCCAGUGCCCCACCUUGAUUGUGCAUGGUGAGAAAGAUCCUCUGGUCCUGCGAGUCCAUGCUGACUUCAUACAUGAGCAUGUGAAAGGAUCACGGUUGCAUCUGAUGCCAGAAGGCAAACACAACCUGCAUUUGCGUUUUGCAAAUGAAUUCAACAGGUUAGCAGAAGACUUCCUACAAUGAAAAUCUCCCUGUGAACACUUGAAUCUUGGUUAUUCCUCGGCCUGGGGCUUGAUCAUGUUGCUGCCUGUUUCCAUGAUGCCUUUGAAACUCCCCAACUGAUGUCACACCUCUGCUCACCCUACCUUCCCAGGCUUCCUGCUCCUCCCUACAAUUUGAUCAUAAUCAAAGUAGAAUAAUGACAUAGCGAAAACAGACUCUAGCUUCAAUAGUUACAAAAAUUAAAUCUGCCUUAACAUUAAGUUGUGAAUUUCUACCAUUGUCUUAAAAAAUAAAAUCCCGCUAUAUUGUACUUUCAAAUAA